CCCAUGAGAGAUAUUUUACAAAGGGCAAUAGCCAUGUUUUGAGUUCUCAGAAAUCUCCUAUUGUUUCUCUCCUUCUUCUGCAUAUUAUCCCUUCUAUCAGCUCAAAAAAACCAUCCGCUAGACACUCUCACUCAAUUUGAACUCAUCCAAGUCCAAACUAUAGUAAAAAAAUCCUACCCCUCCUCUCAACAUAAUGUGUCCUUCCACUAUGUAGGCUUAGACGAGCCAGACAAAUCACUAUUCCUCUCAUGGCAAUCGAAUUGUGAUGAAAAUCUGAGUCGUCGAGCAAUUAUUUUAGCCCGGAUCGAUCUAAAAUCCCAUGAAAUCAUCAUCGACUUAUCGAGUAAUUCGAUUGUACUAGAUAAAGUCUACAAUGGACAUGGCUACCCCAUACUAAGCUUUGAAGAGCAAACAGCAGCUAGCAAGUUAGCAAUAGCGUAUGCUCCAUUAGUUGACUCGAUCAAGAAACGAGGGCUUAAGAUUGAAGAAGUUGUUGGCUUCCCUUUCACUGUUGGAUGGUAUGGGGAGAAAAGGAGUAAUAGGAUUGUUAGAGUUAUGUGCUAUUACUUAGAUGGCACUGUUAACUUGUACAUGAGACCUAUAGAGGGAAUUACAGCGACAGUUGAUCUUGACCAAAUGAAAGUCAUCGCCUAUCGUGAUCGGAUAACGGUUCCAGUCCCAAAAGCUGAAGGCACUGAAUACAGAGAAGAAAUGCAGAAGCCUCCGCUUGAUUCAAAGUUGAAAAGUAUUACUAUGUUACAACCAGAUGGUCCAAGUUUCAGUAUUGAUGGACAUAUAGUAAGGUGGGCUAAUUGGGAGUUCCAUCUAGCCUUUGACAUGAGAGCCGGCCUAGUAAUAUCAUUAGCAUCAAUCUAUGAUCCCGAGAAGGAUGAGAAACGUCGUGUGAUGUAUAGAGGAUUUAUAUCAGAACUGGUCGUGCCAUACAUGGACCUUACCGAAGAAUGGUACUUUAGGAUUUUCUUUGAUGCAGGUGAAUAUGGAUUUGGUCUAUGUGCUGUGCCACUCGAACCAUUAAGAGAUUGCCCGGAAAAUGCAGUAUUUAUGGAUGGAUACUUCUCUGGACACGAUGGAACACCGGGAAAGAUAUCAAAUGUGCUUUGCAUAUUUGAACGAUACUCUGGAGAUAUAAUGUGGCGCCACACGGAAACUGAGAUCUUGGGGAAAGUGAUAAGGGAAGUCAGACCAGAAGUGAACCUGGUUGUAAGAACGGUAUCCACUUUAGGGAACUAUGACUACAUUGUUGAUUGGGAAUUCAAGCAAACUGGCACAAUUAAAGUCACUGUUGGAAUGACGGGCAUGCUUGAAGUGAAGGGAUCAGUAUAUACUCAUAAGGAUCAGAUACAAGAGGAAGUUUACGGUACUUUAGUAGCAGAGAAUACUAUUGGAGCUCACCAUGAUCACUUCCUCGCGUUCCACCUCGAUUUAGACGUGGAUGGAGAUGCGAAUUCGUUUGUCAAGAAAAAACUGCAGACGAUGCGUGCUAACAAAUCAAAGAGGACGAGCUAUUGGACUGUUAACAGCAAAACCGUCAAAACCGAGUCUGAUGCAAGGAUUCAGCUUGGUUCGGAAGCAGCCGAGCUAUUGGUCGUGAACCCGAACAAGAAGACUAAGUUAGGGAAUUGUGUUGGCUACCGUUUGAUACCUCAAUCAGUGGCAGGUUCUCUGUUGAUGGAUGAUGAUUAUCCACAAAUCCGGGCUGCAUUUACCAAGUAUAAUGUGUGGGUUACACCAUAUAAUAAAUCUGAGAAAUGGGCUGCAGGAUUAUAUACAGAUCAAAGCAGAGGAGAUGACACUUUGGCAACAUGGAGCCUAAGGAACAGGGAAAUCGAGAACAGGGACAUUGUUUUAUGGUACACAUUAGGGUUUCACCAUGUUCCAUACCAAGAACAUUUUCCUAUUAUGCCAACUCUGAGCAGUGGUUUUGAGCUAAGGCCAUCCAAUUUCUUUGAGCAUAAUCCCACGCUCAAACAAAAACCACCUAAACAAAUAAAUAAAAUAUGGCCUAAUUGUUCAGUUUCAGCGAUGGCGGAAUAACCUCAGGAGGAUUUACAACCGUUCGAUUAGGACUAAUAAAGGAGCUAGAAGUUGAGAAUUGUAUUGCCACGGUGUUGUGUUUUCAUUGUUCUAUAACAAACUCUAGUGAUCGAAUAAUAUAAAAGAUUAUGUUAUUAAAUUUUA